AUGGCUAAACUAUUCACAUACAAGGAAGUUUCCGAACACAAGACUGGCGAUGACUUGUGGUUGAUCAUCCACGGUAAGGUUUACGACUGUACCAAGUUUGUCGAUGAACAUCCAGGUGGUGAUGAAAUUCUAAUCGAACUUGGUGGUCAAGACGCUACUGGCCCAUUCGAUGACAUUGGCCAUUCUGAAGACGCAAUUAAGCUACUAGAACCUUUGUACAUUGGUGACAUCGAUACCACUUCUGAGAAGGUCGUUGUUGAAUCCACUGAAUCGUCUGCUGCAACCACUGGUGGCGAAGGUAACGGUGUUAUGAUUAUUGCCUUGAUCGUUGUCUUUUUGGCCAUUGCAUUCUACUACUUCAACCAAUAA